AUGUCCAAAUUCGCGCAAAAUGCAGAAAGAGUGGAUCAGAAUAUCAUCAAUACCAGCAACCAACACGGUCUCAUUAUUUUGGGCAAUUCAGGUGUUGGCAAAAGCUUUCUAGCCAAUAUACUCCUUGGUCGUGAAGCUUUUGUUCACAAAUUUAGUUCGACUUCUGUUACUCACAGUACUGAAUUCGAAGAAAUCCAAAUAGGCUAUCACCCUUUGGCUAUUUUUAACAUUCCCGGUUUGAUUGAAGCCGAACAAGAACGUAUUGACUUGAAUAAGAAGGAAAUUGACAAGGCUUUUGCACAACGACCCAAUUCAAUAGUCAUGUAUGUGUUUGGUCAACAAGGUGGACGAAUUCGGGAAGAAGAUGUUGUAGCUUUCAAUGCAAUCAAUGCAGCCUAUCCAUUUCGAUCUAAAUCACUAGUACUCGUCGUCAAUGGUAUCCCUAAGAAAAAGCGGGAGAGUGAUUAUGAAGGUACAACUCUUGUUUUACUUCAACAAUUACUCAAGGGCGUCGAUGUCAACAACCGCAAUCUCUGCUUUUUGGAUUUCAUCGAUGAGGAUGAUCAGAGCGAGAAACAACGUAUCAAGGAACAACUGUUGCAAACUGUGGUGGAAUUCACACCAUCGAAACACGAAAAGCGGCAGGAGAUCGAAAUCAUUAUCGAUCAACUGAAGCAAGCAAAACAGCUAAUUAAAGAGCAACAAGCAAAAUUCGAAGCUGAGCGAGACAGGUACAUGGAGCAAAUAGGCUACAGUCAAGAUCUGCUGAAUGAAACACUUGCCAAUCAAAAGAGCGAAAAAGAAUCUUUCGAACGAGCAAUUCAACGACAAGAAGAGAUGUAUGCUGAACAAAAGCGUCGAUUCGAGGAAGAAUGUAAAAGAUUCGAAAAUGAAUUGCAAAAUGCGCGUAAGGAUGCUGAUCACUCACAACGUUUGUACGAUCUGAUAUCCAAGGACAGAGAAGCUACCCAACAGCAAAUCCGGGCUGUUCAAGAAGCUAACAACCAGCUUCAAGCUAAGCUUAUAGAAAUAGCUUCCCGACCUCCACCUGAACCAAGGAUAAUAUACGAGGACGACGACUCCUCUUUGUGUGUUAUCUCGUAA